GCUUCAAGCCAACCUCAACCCUCUCCUUUCUCUCAACCGUUUUCUCCUCCCCCAUCUUCCUGCCCUCAGGCCGGCCUGUCUUUACUGUACCCUACUGUUGAUUGUCUCCUAGUCUACGUAUAUUUCCCCGACUAGUCUACAGAGUCAAAGCAGGACAACAAGAUGCCUAGUCUCACACUCAAAAGCACCCUCGCGUUCUUCGUCGCCGCUCUUUUUACCUGGACUUCUCUCGUGUCGGAGGCCUCAGCUCUUGACUUGCGCUCUUUUCAUGAUUCCCUAGAAGCACGCUAUUCUCGGGCUCACUCUCUUGGCGACGACUAUCAGUUUGACCCUCGCGAUGGCUGGCAAGUCGUCAACGCUUCGAACUUGGAUUAUAAAUAUUCUCGAAAUGGCGAUGAAUCCUUCAUGGACAAGCGUAUGGAUGAAGACUCUAUUGACGACGACGGUGAAGACACAUUAGGAUCCGAUUCUCACUACACCAAUAGUUCUCUUGCAAUCCGAGCAACCAAAAAGAAGGCAAAGGAUAAACCAAAGCCGACGAACCCGAAGAAGAAAACCUCGAAAAUAGCUUCUAAGGCUUCAAAGGGUAUGACCUCGGCUCUGAGUAAAGUCCUCGACAGUUUCAAGGGCAUUGGAAAGGCUGAACCGGUCACUAUCACUUGGUACACCGGACAUGAUCUCGAGAAUCCAAGCUGCUGGCCAAAUCCAGAGUGGCAACCUUCGGACGCUUCGUUUGCUUGUGCACUUACACUGGCGGGCUGGACAACGCGACCAAAAUGCUUCAAAUUCCUUGAACUGUGUAACACACCGAAGAAAUGUGUCUUCGUCCGCGUAGUGGACUCAUGUGCUGGAUGUGCAAAGGGCUCCAAGCAUGUUGACUUGACGCAGGCCGCGUUCAAGCAACUUGCAACCUUGGAGGAGGGACUAUUGCAAGUUCAAAUGAGGCAGGCCACUGAUCCUGAUGGAUGAUUCUUACCCACAGGCUAGAGAACCUGUGGGGACCAAAAGCUUGAGGCACUCACAAGUGCAUGGCCGGAACCACGCACGUACUGUACGUACUAUAUACCACAUCUCUUUGACGGGCGCACCACGGACUAUGGACGCAUACCCACUGUAUUACCACUGGAAAUGUAGCAUACUGUACUUUUCAAUCAGACUCUAGAUCUGGGACUGGAUUCUAUGCCUUGAUGUUGACUCGUUUCCGCUUCUUGCCUUCUGCAAUACGUUCUCUGAUUUUGUCCUCGUC